CCUCCGGUCCACUGCCUCAGUGACACUUGGCCGGUGUUCCAGGCCGAGGCGCCGAGCGCCAGGCCCAACAGCACCACGUUCCCGAACCGCCCUGGCCUGCUGCUCCCAGCCUCCCCGGUCCGCAGGCACAGCCGCCGAUUGCACCAGAUCCAACAGGAGGAGGGCAUGGACUUGAUCAACCGAGAGACCGUCCACGAGCGCGAGGUGCAGAACGCCAUGCAGAUCAGCCACUCCUGGGAGGAAAGUUUCAGCCUGAGUGACAACGAUGUGGAGAAACCCGCCUCCCCGAAGCGCAUCGGUUGCAUUCCGGUGUCACCAGCACCAUCUGCCCCCACCCGGGGAAUCGGGAAGCAGUGCAUUUCACCAUCCUUGCAAAGUUUUGUGAGUAGCCAUGGAUUGCCUCCAAGUCCGAUUCCCAGCCCAACGACCCGAUUUGCUACUCGAAGAAGCCAGAGUCCCAUUAAUGGCAUUAGACCAAGUGUUCUUGGACCAUUGAAAAGAAAAUGUGAAAUGGAGACUGAUUAUCAGCCAAAGAGAUUUUUCCAGGGCAUCACCAACAUGCUGUCUUCUGACGUCGCACAGCUGUCAGAUCCUGGUGUGUGUGUAUCUUCUGAUGCCCUGGAUGGAAACAGCAGCAGUACUGGCUCUUCCUGUAACUCGCAAGCGAAAGUCAGCUCUACCACCAACUCCCCGGAGUCACCUGCCCAGGCGGCCUCUCCAUUUAUUCCAGUAGAUGAACUUUCAUCUAAGUGACUCACCCACCUAUCCCUGAGACUCCGUUGGUUUGUUUUGUCGUCGUUUUUUAUUGCAAUGGAGAGAAAAAUCAAGUUGGAUUAAGCACUGAACUUCGUCAAUUAAUUUGAGGCUAUUUCCUAUUUGACCCCUUUUCCUUUUUUGGAAUUUCCUGAACCGAACUGUUGGUAUUCUAGAGAACUUAUAUGUCAGAUUCCUGCGGAUUACUUCAGUGUAGUAAUAUUUUCAGACGUUUUCCCAAUAAGUGCGUUGAAGUAUACAUCUUUACGCUGCUAAUAUGUCUAAAUACAUACGUUAUCCUUUGAUUUUUUUAAAAAAAUAU